AUGGAAUUCCGUUCCGAGUCUGUUCAUGUGGUUGUCCACGCUCCACGCAAUGCGGCUGCUGAGGAAAUGCUGACCCCAGACGCUUUGCGUUUUGUGGGAACCUUGUGUGCCAAGUUUGAAGGCCGCCGCAAGGAACUGUUGCUAGCCCGCAAGGCCAAGACCAUUGAGUACGAUGCGGGAGAGUUGCCCCAUUUUGUGUCCAAUAGCCCUGCUGCUCAGGAUCCUACUUGGCGCUGUGCUCUCGUACCCCAUGAUAUCCAAGAUCGCCGUGUCGAAAUCACGGGACCAGUGGACCGCAAAAUGGUGAUUAAUGGUUUGAACUCGGGCGCCCAGGUCUACAUGGCUGAUUUUGAAGACAGCAGUAGUCCAACCUGGAGCAAUUUGAUUGAAGGACAGCUCAAUCUUCGUGAUGCUGUUCGUGGAACCAUUUCCUUCACGAAUCCUGCCAAUGGCAAGGUUUAUGCCUUGAAGCCAAAGAUUUCGACACUUUUUGUGCGUCCUCGUGGAUGGCAUUUGGAAGAGGCACAUGUCACUGUCAAUGGCAAGGUGGCCUCUGGAUCCAUUUUUGACUUUGCCCUGUACUUGUUCCACAAUGUCCAUGCAUUGACAGCCAAAGGCACCGGUCCCUACUAUUAUCUUCCAAAGCUUGAAAGCCACUUGGAAGCCAGGUUGUGGAAUGAUGUCUUUGUCACGGCCCAGCAAUACUUGGGAGUUCCUGUGGGGACUUGCCGCGCCACAGUGCUGUUGGAAACCAUUACGGCCGCCUUUGAAAUGGAGGAAAUUCUCUACGAAUUGCGCGAUCAUUCCUUGGGUUUGAACUGCGGCAGAUGGGAUUACCUGUUCAGCUACAUUAAAAAGUUCAAGAAGCAUGGUGACAAGAUUGCCCCUGAUCGUACCCAUUUGACCAUGGGAACUCCUCUCAUGGAAGCCUAUGUGAAGCGGCUUAUUUUCACUUGCCACAAGCGUGGAACGUUUGCCAUGGGAGGCAUGUCGGCGGCCAUCCCCAUCAAGAAUGAUCCACAAGCCAAUGCUGCCGCCAUGAAGAAGGUGGAAGAAGACAAACUCCGUGAAGUCAUGGCUGGACACGACGGUACCUGGGUCGCUCAUCCUGCUUUGGUGACGGUGGCCCGCAAGGUCUUUGAUCAACACAUGCGAACGCCCAAUCAAAUCACCAGCAAUCCCGGUAUGGUAGGAGCAUCCAUUUCCGAGGCGGAUUUGCUUCGUCUUCCUCGUGUGCCCCAUGGACAAGCCAUUACCAGUGCUGGAUUGGAAAAGGGCGUGGCCAUUGUCUUGGCGUACACUGAAGCCUGGUUGCGAGGUGUCGGAUGCAUCCCACUGAACAAUGCCAUGGAAGAUGCUGCUACCGCCGAGAUUAGUCGUGCUCAGAUCUGGCAGUGGAGGUACCAAGGUGCGGCAACGCAGGAUAACGGACAGCCCAUCACCGCUGAACGUAUUGCUGGCAUUGUCCAACGGGAAGUAAACCGUCAGUGUGGGGGAGCGACUGCCUCCAAGGGCAAGUUCCGCUUGGCCGGAAACCUGGUCGAGAACAUGUUGAACAAAGAAGAGUUCGAUGAAUUCUUGACUACCGUCUGCUACCCUCACAUUGUGACCAAUGUGCAAGAGCCUGGACUCUCCAAGUUGUAG